AUGCUAAUUAUUUUAUAUUUAUUCUCCUUGGCAAUUUGUUAUGAUGAUCCUAUUCACACAUCUAUAAUCUAUGGCGAUAGUGAUUAAGGUUAUUAUUAUGUGAAUAUAUUUGUUGGAGAACAUAAAUAAAAAUAAUCAUUAAUUCUUGAUACAGCAAGUUCAAUCACAACUUUUCCAUGUGUAGAUUGUAAAAGUUGUGGUACCCACAUUGAUUCAUUCUAUAAUUACAAAGUAAAACAAAUCAUAUUUAUUAAUAGAAUUCUUAAACUCAUAAAUAAGUUAAAUGUGAUUAAAUAAUAGGUGAAAAAUAAUGUGAUAAAUGUUUAAACAAUAGGUGCUCUUUUUAAAUUAGCUAUGCUGAAGGAUCAAGGCUUGCUGGCUAUUUUUUAUAGGAUUGGUUAAUUAUGGGAGAUGAGUUUGAAAAUUUAAACUAAUCAGAUGAAAUAGUUAAAUUAGAAUAGGUCUUAAGUGUCAUUGGGUGUACUACUUUAGAAACAAAUUUAUUUUUUACUUAAAAAGCUAAUGGAAUCAUGGGGUUAUCACCAAAAACAAAUACAGAAUUCUCCUUUCCAAAUUAUAUUGAUGAUCUCUAUGAAAAAGAAAAAGGUAAAGAAUUUUAGAAAAUGUUUUCAAUAUGUAUUGGAAGGAAAGAUGGCUAUAUGACAAUAGGGUAGUACGAUUUUAAUAGACACCAAAAUAAUAGUUAGUAUUAUAAAGUGAAAUACAACCACGAGACAGAUGUUUAUAAAAUAAAUGUCAAUAGUAUCAAAGUAAAAUGAUCUUCAAAAAAUAGAUAGAUUGAUAAUAAAAUAAUCGCUGAUCACAACUUAAUAAAUUUAGGAUAAGGAGCUUUUAUUGAUUCAGGAUCGACUUUGGCUUAUGGUUCACCAAAAUUAAGUGAAAAAUUGACUCAAUAAUUUAAUUGUUAAAAUGAGAAUUGUCCAGAUUUGCAAUAUUUAGAGGGAUUAAAUUGUUAUCAAUAUAUUCCAGAAAAACAUGAAAAUUUCUCUAAUUUUGCAUCAUAUUUUCCUACAUAUCAGUUUGAAUUAGACAAUAAUUUUACAUUCAACUGGAAACCAAUUAAUUAUCUUAUAUUGGCUGUUAAUACUAGUGAUAGAUAUUGUUUUCCUCUUGCAGUAAUACCUGGUGGUAAUUUAAUUAUCUAAAACAGCAUCUAGGAUGAUUCUUGGAUAAGUAUGGAUGAGAAAUUGGGAUAUUGGAUUUAAUAAAUAAACUCAAGAGAUAUUAUUUGUUGAAAAUAAUUGUUCAAAUUAUAAAGUCAAUCAUUAAUUUACAGAAGAAGAUAUCAUACUCUUAGAAUAAUAAUCACUUAAGAAAAAUAAUGGUAGAAGAGUUUAUAAAGAUUUAAAUCUAAAAGAAAGUAAUAAUUUUUUAGAUUAUAAUUAGAAUAUAAUACUUUUUCAGAAACCUUAUAUGCUUUUGUGAUGAUAGUGUUAAUUAUCUUUUUAUAUUAUUUAUUCUCCUUUCUACUAAAGUUAAAGAAAAAAUAUGGAAAAUAUUAAACUAUUUAAGAAAUAAGUAGUUAGGAAUGA